AUGAGGCAGUUUAUACAACAGCAGGUAACGAAAGUUCAAAUAUCAGUGGCAAAAAUAUAUUUUAAUAACAAUUAUGAGAAGCGUGGUUUUUUUAAAACAUGGUUUUUCACUAAAAAUAAUACCAAAUCAGAAUACUUCCGAAUUUUCUGGUUAUUAACAGUAAUGGGAUCUAUUGUUACAACCUAUAUAAUGAUUACAAAUCAAAUUAAUCGUUUCUAUAAUAAUCCAACAGUAAUGAGUUUAGAUCGUGAUUAUAGAGCAUGGAAUGGAACUUUACCUGGUUUAACAUUAUGUUAUCAUGAUAAAAUGGAUAUAUCGAAAGCUGAUGACUAUAUACAAGAGAAAUGGAAUAUAACACCUAAUGAUAAUGAUUAUUCUUAUUUCUUAGAAUUUUUAUAUGCUGUUGUUAAUUCUACAGCAUAUAAUUAUGGUGAUUUAGUAAAAUUUGCUGAAGAUGAACGUUUCGAUGAUAUUAAUUUAUAUGAGAUUGUAAAAUUAAUUGAUCGAUCAUUUCUUCAGGAUCUAACAACAUUUCGAAAUAAUGUUAAAGUUCAUGUAAUAAGGGUGAUGACAGAACGAGGAAUGUGUUAUGCAAUAAAUGCUCCGAUGGCAAAAAUGUUGUCAGAAAACAAUAAAAAUAUUCAGAACAUUGAAAAGUCAAUACUAUGUGAAUAUGGGAAACAUCAGUGCUUUAUAAAAAUGGAUAUUUUUGACAGUGUUGGAACAAUUGAAGUUCAUUCCCCAUACGAAGUUUCAGCUAGCGAUGCUGGAGUAGGUGCAAUCGAAAUGAUAAAAGCAAAUGAAAUCUAUGCAUCCUAUAAAGUUACAGAAACAUUUGCAAGUGAAACCCUUAGAGACUUAGAUCCUGAACAAAGAAAAUGUGUUUUCUUUGAUGAACCAACAUCAGGAUUGAAUAUUUAUAGUAAAACAUUGUGCUUGGCGCGUUGCCGUGCAGUUAUGGCACUUGAAAUGUGUAAUUGUGUACCAUUUUUCUAUCCUUUUGUGGAUGGAAUAAGAUGCAAUCCUGCAGGAUUUGAAUGUUUAUUAGAUUUUAAAUGGCCAAUUUGGGCACUUCAUAUUUGUAAAUGCCCAAGCACAUGUACGGAACAUGUUUAUUCAGUUCAUUCAAUAAAAACAAAUCCUUGGAGUGGAACAACAACUGAAAAUUCUAAAAUAUCAUCAAGCUUUAGAUGGGAUAUUGUACCACCAAAAGUUCGUAUGAGACGUGAUGUUGUAUUCAGUUUUGAGGAUUUAUUAGUAUCAGUUGGUGGUGCAAUAGGAUUAUUUCUUGGCGCAAGUAUAUUAACAUUGGUUAAAAUUGGAAUCAUCUCACUGCAAUGGUUUAUAGAAAAUUUCAUUUUAUUAAUAACAAAGAUGAAAAAUUGUUCAUUAAAGAUCCGAAUAAGAAAACGAAAGCCAAAGAUAACUGAACAAAAUAAUUAA